AUGCGUUCCCUACCACCCGGCGACCAUGUCGCCCGCUCCCCCAUCAACUCGAGGUCGCCCGCAAACUGUCGACAACAACAACAACAACAACAACAACAACAACAACAACAACAACAACAACAACAACAACAACAACAACAACAACAACAACAACAACAACAACAACAACAACAACAACAACAACAACAACAACAACAACAGCAGCAGCAGCAGCAGCAGCAGCAGCAGCAGCAGCAGCAGCAGCAGCAGCAACAACCGGGACUAUCCCUCAAGCAGCCGUUGACUCCCAUCUUAAUGGGCCACAGCCGCCCGGCGUCGGUAGUCAGCAGCAGCGCGAGCUCGUCGCGUAGGAACUCAUUGUGCUUGUCGGAGGACGAUUUUGAUAGUUGUGCGCUGAGCACUAUGGGGGACCAUAUUGAAGUCCCAAGCCAACCACAGCAGGAGGAGCAACAAGAACAGCAGUCUGUCGCCGACUUGGGGGCCAGCUCGUCCCUGAUGGACAGCGGCAGUGCGCCGCAGCUAAUCAUGCCCAGCAUCAAGAUGCCCAGCCGGCGGCCGUUCACAGACGAGGGCAAGCGCCUGGGCAGGGUGAAGGUGCUGAUUGCGGGGGAUAGCGGCGUGGGGAAGACGUCGUUAAUCAAGGCGAUUGUUCAGUCGUGCGAGCAUAUCGUGCAUGUGGAUCCUAUUACGCCGUCAGCGUUUCCACGGGGGUCGUCUAGUACCCUCUUGGGGAAGAAAGAGAAGCAGAGGAGGGGAAGUAAAGAGGACGGUGUGGGUACGGAAAGGAUUACGGAGAUUUAUGCCAGUACCAAGCCGUAUCCGGAGUGGUGGACGGAAGAAAUGGGGGAUUUGCCCAUCUUGAGGAGGAGGAAGAACUUGGGGGAUGCAGUGCUGGAUCGGAAUGUGUGCUUUGUUGAUACGCCUGGGUUUGGGAGCGGAUCUUCGGCUAUGGAUACUAUCACGCCGGUUGUGGAGUAUGUUGAGGGCCAUUUGAGGAGGAUAUAUGGCAACUCGCUGAGCGAGACGGAUAUGCUGAACCUCCUCAGUGGUGAGGGUGGUGUUCAGGUCGAUGUUGUGCUCUAUCUUGUCUCUGGAGGUAAGCUUCCUGCUAGAUCCAACCUAUCAAGCUCCCUGCUGACGGUUUCAGCCCUCCAACCUCCCGACAUCCACUACCUUCGCACACUCACCCCCCUCACUAACGUGGUCAUCCUCCUCUCUCAAUCCGACCUCUUGACUCCCUCUCAAAUCACAUCCCUCAAAUCUCAACUCACCUCCCAACUCCACGGAUCGUCGCUUCGGCUCUUCGCUUUCCAUCCCGACCUCAACUGCCCCGGAGGUACCGGCAUAUACGCCAUCUCCUCCGCCCCUUCCGCCGACCACGAAACCAUGGACGCCUCCCUUCUCAUGUCCCCGGACUAUGUCCAACCCCUGAUCCCCUCCGACCUGUCGCUGCUCGUGUCAGACCUGUUCUCGGCAGCUGGUCUCGCGCGUUUGAGGCAUGUCGCGGCGAGAAAGUUCUUGUCCUGGAGGGCUGCCCAGUUCUCUCUUUCGUCCUCUGCCUGUCUAUCCCCCCUUCCUCCACCCUUCUCCCUGUCUCCUGGAAAUGGAAUGGGCAUAGCCCAAUCAUUAACAGGCGAUGCUGCAUCAACUUCGUAUGCUCUAGCCCGUCUGGCGGAUCAUGCCCGCGCCGAGGAACGCCGCGCGCAGGUCAGACUGGCGAACUGGGCGGCUGAGUUACAGAAGAGUUUGCAGCGAGAACGGGAGAGGUAUGCGAUGAUGGCAAGGGAGGAGAGGGCGGCGUGGGUGAAGGGGGUCGUGGGAGAGUGUGUGAGCGAGGGAGUUGUGAGUCCAGAAGAAUUAGGGCAACUUGUUCCGUUGAGGGAAGCGGGUAGUAGGAAUAGUAGAGGGAGGAGGAGGUCCAGGAGAGAGAGGGAGAAGGAACGGGAGGCCUUGGCGCUGCGAUUGCAUGCCAGCUCCCAGUCUCAAUCCCAGUCGCAUCGCUCACGCCAGCACAAACAUCGCUACACCAACGAACCGCAAGACCCCCUUGGCUUGCUUCACCUCGCCUCGGACCUUAAACACAAAGGCAUGCUUGUCCUCGAAGUGCUGGGGAGUGUUGGCGUGCUGGGAGGGUUAGUAAUCUGGGUGGCUAGGCACUACAUUCUCGCUCCCUGGACCGGCACUGGUUCCUCCGGGACUGGCUCUGGCUUUGCGGCGGCUGCGGCGGCGAAUAUGCCGGGCCCGUCGCCUGUCGCGGUGGGGUCGGGGACCGGGGUGGGGUGGGAGAGGUUUUGGUAUGGAUGGUAA